AUGGCCGUCUCGGCCCAGGAUAGUAAUUCAGUGCCCGGAGGCCUUGCCGGGUUAGAGGAGUCCAGAGCGGAGUUAAGGAUGUUGUUAAAAUCCCCGGAGAUGAGAACUGGCAGCGGAAGUGACAUUUCUAAGAAUUCCUUGAAGGAUCGUCUACUGGAACUACAAUGUCAUUUUACUUGGAACCUGUGUGGAGAAGAUGUAGACAUCGAUAAUGUGGAAGAACGGCUAAAUUACCAGAUUGUAUUUUUGCCAAAUGCAUACAAUCACAGGAAGUACAACAUCCUGGCUUACCUAAAGCAUCUUAAAGGAGACCAUGAUGAAGCCUUGCUCCAGCUGCAAAAAGCAGAAGCAGAAAUCCCAGCAUCCAGCACAUCUGAAGACACAGAUGUGAAGAGAGUUGUAAUGUAUGGUAACUUUGCCUGGGUUUAUUACCACCAGAACCAGGUUGACAAGGGUUUCACCUAUGCUGAAAAGGUGCAGACCAUUUUACAGAAAUAUGAGUCUCCUAUAAAAUAUUAUCAGUGUGCUGCUGAGUGCUUUGAAAAAGCUCUGAAUCUCAACCCAGAAGAUCCGGAAUUGAAUUCAGGCUAUGCCAUCGCUGUGUAUAGAACGGAAGGUUUGGCUUUCCUCACAAUACCAGCUAACAAAUCUCUUCCACUCUUGGAACGAGCUGUUCAAUUAAAUCCCAGUGAUACAUUGGUGAAGGUUCUCCUUGCUUUGAAAUAUAAUUAUCUGAAAAACCAUAAACAAGCAACUGUGUUAAUAGAACAAGCUCUACAAGAACAACCUGAAAACCCAUAUGUCCUUCGAUAUGUGGCAAUGUUUUACCAAAGGAAAGAAAAUAUGGUAAAAGCUAUUGAAUUGUUGAAGAAGGCAGAUAGUUUAACUCCUAAUUCCAGUGCUAAUCAUUAUCAGCUUGGUAAGUGUUACAAAACAUUGAUCAAUAAGCACAGAGGAUUACAAGGUCGGCCAAAUGAUGAAGCCAUUUCAAAUGCCAUAUUUCACUCUGAAAGAUCUAUUGAGUUAAAUAGGUCAUUUGUGGCAGCUCACAUUCUAUUGGUUGAUAUAUAUAUAGAAGCAAAUGAAUACCAAAAAGCCGAAGAAGAAUUUGGGAAAACUCUGACAAUGAAAAAUCUCAGCUGUGAACAGAAACAAGAGCUCCAUCACAACUGGGCACAAUAUUUAAUUAAUUCUAGAAAGUCGAAGUCUGAAGCAGUAAAGCAUUAUAAGGAAGCGAUAGAGAUACAAAGUCAAACAAUAUUCAGAGGAUUUGCAAUUGGAGCACUGAAAAACUUGCAAAAACCAUGA